UUUUUCCGGUUGCGGGAGAGUGUUGGUCGUGAAGCCUAGGCGCUAGCCAUCCGUCAAUUACCAAAUCACCACCUCGCCCAGAACCAGGAUGACCGCUUCGACCAAGGUGAACCUCGUGUCCCAGGACGGCGACAGCUUUGAAGUCGCGCGUGACGUGGCGUGCGUGAGCGAGCUCGUCAAGGCCAUGCUGGCCGACGACGAAGGCGACGACACCGUCCGCGAGAUUCCGCUGCCCAAUGUCAAGAGCCCCGUGCUGGCCAAGGUCAUUGAGUUCUGCAACCACCACCACACGACGCCGAUGGAGGAGAUCGAGAAGCCCCUCAAGAGUGGCGACAUGCGCGACGUGGUUUCGGAGUGGGAUGCCGCCUUUGUCGAGGUCGAGCAGGAUACGCUCUUUGAGCUCAUCCUCGCCGCCAACUACAUGGACAUCAAGUCGCUACUCGACCUCUCGUGCGCCAAGGUCGCGACCUUGAUCAAGGGCAAGACCUCGGACGAGAUUCGCACCAUGUUCAACAUUGAGGCCCCCGCGGAGGGCGAGGCCGUGACCAUUGAAUCCUAAACGUUGUGGUGGCUUCGACCCCGAGCGUCGCUUGUAGCGACUUCUAUAUCUAGCAAACUAUUCAUUGUUCCCACA